UUCCCACGAAGUUCUUUGGUGCGCAGGACUGUCGAUCGGAGCUAAGUCUAAGGGAGACCAUGACUCUUUCGACUUUCGUGGUCCUGAAAAUCCUUGAAAAUAUAACAGUGUUCGGUUUCGCUUAUUUUUUUUCCAAAUGUUAUCGGAACAUUUUAAAAUCAACAUAUUUUCUUUUUAAAAUCGGGUGCCCUAAAUAUUGUGCCACGAUAGUCCCUUUGCUCAUAUUUGAAAUCAAAACGAAAAAAUAUUGGUAAUGAAAGCUGUGGAGCAAUGGGUAUGUCGUGUCAACUACCAAGUCGUCUACGGAAUCAAAAUACAGAAAUUUCGGGAAAGAACGUCUGCUAGCCAAUUCGAUUACAAUAAAGUCGUGACAUUUUGAAUACUUUAGAAAUUCCGGGAUUUGGUGGCUUCUCCGUGGCUAUUGUCGUAAUAUUUACAAAAUUUGGCGUAUAAAUUGUACAUAGGUUUCUUAGUUUCAAGUGGAACCAACAUACGUCAUUCUUAUUGAUGAGUAGGAAAACCCUACGAUUGAUCGAGGAUAAGCGAUGAUUGAAUUCACUGCGUUUUAUUUGAUUUUCGUAUUUUGCUUUAUCUUCCCUCCCAGUGCGUUUGUUAGUGCAGGUAUAACGAUAUCAAAUUUAUUUGAUUCGUGGUUGGGAAGUGAAGACCUUCAGUUUGUGCAGUACCAUCUUGCUCGAACAUUGACUACUGUAGUGAUCCACAGUCUUUUACCACUUGGAUUUUUUGGUGGAGUUCUGCUUGUUGAAGGCUUGGAUCAACUAUUAUUAUUGGUACAAACUCCACUUGGGCUAGGAUUUCUUUGCUUAUCUGCUCUCCUUCCAGUAAUUGCUGCAGCAAAAGUUUUUUCCUGGUGGACAAACAACUGGAAUUCUCAUCCGCUUGUAGUUUCAUUGACUGUGUAUGCCACUAACGGAAGACAUUGGAAUGAUGUAGCAUCAGAAAUCAAUGCUGAAUUCAGAAGGAUAGACAAGGUCACUAUUAGAACAAACCCAGUUUCUAAAACUGUUAUAACCAGUUCUUGGAUCAUCAAAGUUGAACCAUAUGCUGUCAGAGUGGCGCAUCAGAACCACGUCACCUUAGAGCUAGAAAAUGCGGAAGAGCAUGACUAUACCCCUGAUAGUCAAACAACGCAAUAUUUAUGGGUUAAAGUGGAGCAGCUUCAAACCAGAAAAAAGUUAUUUUCUAUUCGCCUUAACGCCAUGGAUUAUGCAGACAUGCAAAACAGACUUCAAAGGAGUAUCAGCAAUGUUCGUGGAUUAUUAAUUAAUCAGGAUAUCCAUGCGCGUUUUUCGAAAGUGUUUAUCGAAGAAGUUAGUUUGAAUCCAGUCUUUCAAACCCAGGAGGAGAUGGAUUCGUGUUUAGGCUGCGGAGUUAACAAUGCCAAUGUUCGCUUAGUGAGAAGGUGCCUGCCAAGUGAAGCUACCAAUGGUUGCACUCCGUGUUUCUGCCGUCCAAUGUGGUGUAUACAUUGUCUUAGCAAAUGGUUUUCUGCCAGACAAGAUGCCGAGCAUCCUGAAACGUGGCUUUCUUCUCGCUGCCCAUGCCCAACUUGUCGCAGCCCUUUCUGCGUUCUUGAUGUCAGCUUGGUCGAAAACGUACAAAACAUGUAACUGAACUUCUGGACUCGUGUUUGAAUACAGUCAUCUGUUUUUA